UCCACGUAUGUCCCGAACGUAUAAAGUUUUACUUCAUGUUCAGCGUUCUAGUUCUUACCCGGCCGGAACCAUGAAGGGUGCGAGGCUGAUACUGCUGGCUUCACUUUUUGGAAUUGCGGCUUCAGAAGAGUUCUUGAAAGUCAAACUGGUCAAUGGGAACCAUCGUUGUACGGGAAGACUGGAGGUGGAACAUGAUGGGGAAUGGGCCACUGUCUGUGAUCAUAACUGGAGCAGGCUGAACUUUAAGGUGGUGUGUAAGCAGCUGAACUGUGGGGCUCCAAGAUCAUUUAUGCCCUGCGGUUCACGAAAAAAAGGAAGUGGCGCCAUCUGGAUGAAUGAGGUGAAAUGUACUGGGGACGAGCGGUCUCUGUCUGAGUGCCCAGUGACCACUCUGACCAAACACAAAUGUGCCCACAAGCAAGAAGUCUGGGUGACUUGCAGAGAACCUUUCCAGGCCAGACUGGUGGAUGGGCCCAGUAGAUGCAUUGGGAGGUUGGAGGUCUAUCAUGAUGGGCAAUGGGGAAGUGUAUGUGAUGAUCACUGGGAUGACAAGGAUGCCAACGUUACUUGUAGUCAGAUAAAUUGUGGAUCCUGCCAGCCGUACAUGCGGAGGAGAAAGAGGUUCGGUCAAUCACAAGGAAAAAUCUGGUUGGAUGAUGUUGAGUGCAAUGGAGUUGAACCAUCACUGGAAGAAUGCAAGCAUCGCGUCUGGUCUUAUAAUGACUGUACACAUAUGGAGGACGUGAGUGUCUACUGCACAGGUUAAAGUAUAAAGAAGUCGUCUCACAUGCCUGAAAUGUCUACAGCUUUAAUACCAACAAAAUAUAUAUUUUUUUUUUUAAUCAGUUCUUUGGGGGAGAUUUAUCAAAACUGGUUUAGUUGCCCAUAGCAACCAAUCAAAUUGAAUCUUUGAUUUUCAAAAGGAGCUCUGAAAAAUGAAAGGAGGAAUCUGAUUGGUUAUAGGCAACCAAAAUAGUUUUCUUUCCAGCAGUUCCCCCAUUGUACUGUAUCUGUUGAUUAAAGAUCAAUGAAUUACA